AGCCUCCGCUCUCCUCCAGAGACACACCUCCAAACCCUCCUCCACUUGCGUUCAAAAUCAGCAAAUACAUCAAAGGUACUGUUUGGUCCAGUUGUGAAUAGUCGUUUGUGCUUCCUUGUUUCUCCGUCAGCGCCCUCCAGGCCCCCUGACGUGUAUUACAGAGUGGAGAAAAGAGACACUGCUGAAUCUUUUCUACUUCAACUCGUGUGGAAGGACCUUGACCUCCUUGAAGCCGGCGGUCGUAUCCUCGGAUACCAGGUGAGCUACGAGCCAAUGAGGAAGCAGCCUCUGCAGGACAUAUUCAUUCAGAAUGUCACAGAGGCGAUAGCGCUGAUGUCGGUGGAGGCCGGGAACUGCAGUGUCACAGUAACAGCCUUCAACAACGCCGGCUACGGGCCUGCUGCACAUCUCAGCAUCGACACACAGAAACAGAAGACGCUCUCUUCAGUCAGACACCUGUGGGCUUCUAGUUCUUCUAUGGGCCUUCUGGUCCAAUGGGAGCCCCCCACAGACCCCCCUCCUUCUUUCCUGUCUCUCAGUCAUUAUGCUCUUCAGUGGCGCUCAGAGACUCGACCGUCCACCACCCACUGGACCACCGUGGACAACUUCUCCACGUCGACAGUUAUACAAGAUGUUGAUCCUGAAGACUCGUACCUGAUCACCGUGUUUCCUGUCUAUCAGCAGCAGUGCGGACCUCCUCAUUCACUGCCCGCCAGUCUGCAGCAGGGAGCUCUGAGUGAGGCGGUGAAGCUGAGGAUAGUAGACGUUACCAAGACAACAGUGACAGUUGUUUGGGAGUGGCAGCAGAAGUCUGGACCAAUCAGAGUGGAUGCAUAUGAAGCAAUGCUGAGUGGAGAGUCAGAGGGGAAAACUCUCUCCCUGUGGCCGGACAAACAGCAGCACACCUUCCUCAACCUCAAACCCAACACUGACUACUCUCUUCUCCUAUUGGCUGAUGGCGCCUCCAGAAGUAUCAUCGCCGUGACAACAGACUUCGAUGAAGUCCCGCUGGUUGCCACAGCGACUCCUCUGAUGCUGCUCACUGUUACUGUGUUCAUCAUCUCCAUCCUGUCCAGGACUGUGUACAAGUCGUACUUCUUCCCGCCCAUCUCAAGUCCUCGAUGCAGCACGACAGGCCAGUGGCUGAUGGAACCGAACAACCAGAAACCUGCAGAGAGACACAUCCUGGACAUAGACGACUUCAUGGUGAUGGAUUUACUGGGACCAAAAAGUUUCAUCACCGUCAGUUCAACCUGUGAGCCGUCACCAGCGGAGGGGCUGCAUGAAGAAGCCCCCCUGCUGUCCAUCAGUCAGCUCUUCAUCCAAAUGGACCCUGAGUAUGUUUCUGAUGCUCCAGUGUUCACAGAGCCUCUCCUGGCGUCUCUCCAGACCUCCUAUCAUCCCGUCUACACUGUGAGCUGCAACUAUACUGACCAGGACCAGGACCAGGACCAGGACCAGGAAGUGUUUAUAUCUGAGGCCUUUCUUCAAAAAGAGGAAGAGAGCAGAUGGGACUUUGAGACGUCACCUCACAGAGAAACGCUCGUUAAAAGCUCAUUUCAUGAAUUCAUGGCGAACAUGAACAGCGUGUGCGUCUACCAGACGAGCUGCAGGGCGGAGCUUGUGGGGAACUCGUCUUCCUCUCAGGGGAACAGGGAUGUUGAAACCAACUGUUCAUCUCUGAUCUGUGAAAAUGAUUACAUCGCAAACAGCUGCUCUCCUGCACAAACUACAGAUGAAGACUGAAGCACACAGGUACGACAUGCUAGUGCCCCCUUGUGGCUGUGACGCUGCAGGAAAAGACCUCUGACGGCAAAAAGGCAAAAAUGUGAAGACUUUGUUUUUACAGAGCAUGCACAGUGUGUGUGUUCACAUGCUGAUGUUAAAGUAAAUGUGUUUUUCCUUCUGCAACACAUCAAACAACGAGCUGUUUUUUUUAUGAGGAAGAGCCGAUGAGCCAUGGAAAAGAUCUACUCUGCUUCCCUGGCAGGUCACACACGUGCAAAAUUUUGUGUAAAUACUGCAAACUUCAAAACAAACUAGGGCCCGACUGAUAUGGGAUUUUUGAUUUUUGAGGCCGAUACCAAAAUUAGGAAGAGAAAAAUUGAUAUAUUGGCCGAUAAUUUUCUUAGAUCUUUGUUCGAUCUGUACAGAUUGAUGGAUAUAGAUAUACACAUGUAUCAUGUUGAUCCCUCAAAUGCAGUUAUCAAACACUUAUAGAAAAGAUAAAUAAUGACAAGAUAAUAAAGACAAGAUGGUCAGAGUGAUGAUGCUGUGUUGUAUGUUGUAAUGAAUAUAGCGCCCUCUGCAGGUGACAGCCAGAAAGAGAACUGUUGUGUUACUACGAAACUCAAAGGAAAUGUUAUUUGACUGGUGAAUACAUAUCUGGGAUCAAAUUAGCCGAUACAGAUAGUCACUUGGUGUGUUCAUAUCAGUCGAUAAAUCAGUUUGGCUCUAAAACAAAUAAUUGUUGAUGUUCUAAAGAUAUGUGGAAAGAAAGCUUUUUGGUUUUGUGCAGCGUCUCCAGACUGAUCUAACACGUUAAACUCAGAACUCUUGAUAUUCUUGUGAAAAUGUGAAAUCUGUUGAGUUAUCUUCUUUGUCAUUGUUGAAGCUAAGUGCUAAUGUUAAUCUCUCGCUCAGCUCUGAUCUCUCUCUCUCAAUAAAACUCAAUUCAUAUAAA